AUGACUGUGAUGUGUGUACAUGUCAGCUCCAAUUUUAUACAUAUGUAUAAUAUUUGAUAAGCUUGAUUUAGCUUGAUUUAGCUCAUCUUGGAGUAACGUUGUACAGUUGUAAAACUUGUAAACAUAUACACUGGCAAGAAAUGGCGUCCACCGAGCAGGUUGGAUUAAAUAAAAAUUGGGAGUUAUCACUUUAUGAGCUUCAUAGACAACCACAAGAACCAAUAAUUGACAGUACAGAAAUAGCUGUUAGUCCAAGAAGUUUACAUAGUGAAUUAAUGUGUCCAAUAUGUUUGGAUAUGUUAAAAAAAACAAUGACAACUAAAGAGUGCCUACAUCGAUUUUGUUCAGACUGCAUCAUCACAGCAUUACGUAGUGGCAAUAAGGAAUGUCCAACAUGCAGAAAAAAAUUAGUAUCAAAACGUUCAUUAAGACCAGAUCCAAAUUUUGAUUUAUUAAUAUCAAAAAUAUAUCCAAGUCGUGAUGAAUAUGAAGCACAUCAAGAACGUGUUUUAGCUAAAUUAAAUAAAUCACAUUCACAAGCAGCACUUGUUAAUUCAAUAACAGAAGGUAUUAAAUUACAAAGUCAAAAUAGACCACAACGUUCACGUAAAACAGUUAAUGAUACUGAAAAUACAAGUAAUUUACCAUCAUAUAAUAAUACACCAAAUGUUAGUGCACCAGCAACACCAAAUCCAUCAGCAAUUAUUGCUAAUCAAAGUGAUUCAUCACAAAGUGCAACUGGUCUUAAUAACAGUGGUGGUAGUGUUGUUAAUAAUAACAACAACAACAACAACAAUAAUAAUAAUAAUAGUAAUAAUAAUAACAGCAAUAAUAAUAUAAAUAGUUUAAAUUCACAAAAUUCAAAUAGUGUUUCACAACCUGCAAGUAGUCCAGCAGCAUCUGGAACAACAUCGAGAAAUUCAACAACACCAUCACCAAAUCCAUCAAAUCAACUUCCAAAACCAGCAAAACGUCAAAAAAGUUUACAAAAUUCCGAAAAUGAUUCAUCAAGUGCUGAAGCUGAAACUGGUGGUGGUGAUUCGAUGGUUGAUACUGAAGGUGAAGGACCAAGUGAACCAUUAACAUUAAAUGAAAUUGAACUUGUUUUUAAACCACAUCCAACUGAAAUGGCUGGUGAUAAUUCACUUAUUAAAGCACUCAAAGAAAAUAGUAUAAGAUAUAUUAAAACAACAGCAAAUGCAACUGUUGAUCAUCUCAGUAAAUAUUUGGCAAUGCGUUUGACAUUGGAUCUUGAUACAGAAUUAUCAGAGUCUGAAAGACUACUUAAUUUUUGUAUUUAUAUUGCUCCAUCACCUGGUCAGUAUGUUGUAUUAAGUGGUGCUCAAACAUUGAGACAAGUUAAUGAUAGAUUUUGGCGGGUUAAUAGACCACUUGAAAUGUUUUAUUCAUGGAAAAAAACAUAGUGAAAAUUUUGUCACUAUAUAAUCAGAUGCUAGCUGAUUAAUACUUUAAAAUAUCAAUUUUCAAAUGAAUGAUGCUUUUUUUUUUUUUAAAUAUUUUAAUCAACUUUUUUUUUUUAUAAACAAUAUAUAUUUAUAUAUAUAAUUUCUUAAUUAUAAAUUAUAAAAUUAAAUGAUUAUUAGAGGGGGAUUUAAAUUUAAUGUGUAAAAUUUUAAUUGUCAAUUUUUUGUUGACCAAAUUUAUCACUUUUUUGUUAAAGUAUCAAUCAAUUUAAGACAAAAAAGUUGAUAAAUUUUAUUAUUGUACAUUUUUUAGAUUAGUUUUAUUAAUUUUUUCAUUUUGAUAAAAUAAAAUUGCGUAACAUUCAGAUUAAAUUAUUUUUUUUUUCUUUUUUCAUGGAAUGUUGUCAAGUGUAAAAAAAAAAAAAAAUUAUACAUGUUUUUAUUUUACGUGCAAAAAAAAAAUAAUAACAUUUUGGUAAAUGACUCUAUAUUCAUAUUAAUUGAUAUUAUUUUUUUUUUUAAAUUAAUUAAAAAUACAAAGAUAGUUGUACUAAUAGUUUUUUAACUUUUUAUUAAAAAAAUAAAAUACAAUUUGUCAUUUUUUACAAUAAAUCAAUCAAAUUGGACAGACCAAAUUUAAAAAAAACCACAUUGUCGUAAAGUAUUUUGAUAAAUUGAUAGAAAUUUGAAAUAAAAAAACUGAAUUUUGAAAAAUCCAAGUUAAUUGUAAUAAUAAAAAAAAAAAAAAAAAAAAAAAAUCUAUAUGUAUAAUGUUUAAUGUCAUUGUAAAUAUAUAAAAAAAAAAUUAUUUACAUAAAUGAUAUCUAUAUUUUUUUCCUUAAACAUUGAUUCAUGAAAGCAAAAAUAAAAAUUUUUAAUUUACAAAA